AUGCCUCACGAUACCGUCGACAUGGAGCACGGCACCGAGUCAGAAGUAAAUGUCAAAAGAUUCGACCCUUUUCAACCCUCUCUAGACUCGCAAGACGAUACGUGCCAAGACCAAAGUGAUUACAAUUAGACUACGUUACCAGUCCUACGGUCAACCCAUUUCUUUAAACUUUCAUUUCAUUCGUCUGAGCCACGAAAAGUCCGGAACCCAGAAAUUCGAGGAUAAUCGUUUCCAUGGAUAAUUCGAUUAGUACGCGGCUGAAGUUACGUACGGCUUCACAUAGCGGUUAAUAUAUCGUUUCACAGUAUAGUGAUCUACGAGGGAGGCAGCGUGAUGAGCCAAGCCCGAUCCCUAUGGAGGCUGGAACUGGCGAGAACGAAAUGGGCCGGUGGUUUCAUCAAUUGGUUACACCCGAUGAGGAUCAGACACUUGACAACCGGACGUUACCUUGGCGUGAAGGAAAACAACGAACUAUAUCUGGGUCACGUCGAACGUCGCCACCGAUAAUCGCACGAUUACGACGCUGCGUUCAAAGGAACGAGGCGACCAUCGAGACCUCGACGUUUUGGCUGAGGCAAGAGAAGGAUGACCAGAAGAUCGUCCUCGAGGACAAGGACCUCGAAGUUAUCGGUACACCGAUCAUCAAGUAUGGCGACUCGACCGUCAUCAUGCAACACGCUACUACUUGCCUCUGGGUCUCGUACAAGUCGUACGAGACGAAGAAAAAAGGCGUGGGCAAAGUGGAGGAGAAGCAAGCCGUCCUUCACGAAGAGGGGAAGAUGGACGACGGUUUGGACUUCUCUCGAUCUCAAGAGGAGGAGUCGCGAACGGCCCGUGUGAUCCGAAAGUGCAGCAGUCUGUUCACCCAGUUCAUCACAGGCCUAGAGACGUUGCAAGUAGAUAGAAGGGCGUCUAUGUUCUUCCAAAAUGUGAAUCUCAACGAAAUGGUGAUGUGCCUGGAAGACUUGAUUAAUUACUUUGCUCAACCCGAAGACGACAUGGAACACGAAGAGAAGCAGAACAGAUUCCGAGCGCUGAGAAAUCGUCAGGACCUGUUCCAAGAGGAGGGCAUACUGAACUUGAUCCUCGAGGCCAUCGACAAGAUCAACGUGAUCACGUCGCAGGGUUUCCUCGUCGCACUUUCCGGAGACGAGAGCGGUCAAGCCUGGGACCAAAUAUCUGGAUACCUGUAUCAAUUACUGGCAGCCAUCAUCAAAGGAAAUCACACGAAUUGCGCGCAGUUCGCCAACAGCAAUCGUUUGAACUGGCUGUUCAGCCGAUUGGGUUCGCAAGCUUCCAGCGAGGGCACCGGAAUGCUGGACGUGCUUCACUGCGUUCUUAUCGACUCGCCUGAAGCUUUGAACAUGAUGAGAGUGAGCAUAUCUAACCGAGUCAAUCGUACGUUCGACAACGUACUUGAAGUUUUCGAAUUUCAAUGUACCGUCGUAUUAUUUUCGCAGGACGAGCACAUCAAAGUGAUCAUCUCCUUGCUGGAGAAACACGGAAGGGAUCCUAAAGUCUUGGACGUACUUUGCUCGCUUUGCGUGGGCAACGGAGUAGCUGUUCGAUCCUCGCAGAACAACAUCUGCGACUUCUUGCUACCGGGGAAGAAUCUUCUUCUUCAGACGCAGCUGGUCGACCACGUGGCCAGUGUCAGACCGAACAUAUUCGUCGGUAGAGUGGAGAACUCGGCGCUCUAUCAGAAGUGGUAUUUCGAGGUCACCGUCGACCACAUCGAACAGACUACGCAUAUGAUGCCACAUUUGAGAAUAGGAUGGGCGAAUACGGCCGGAUACAUGCCGUACCCCGGUGGCGGUGAGAAAUGGGGAGGGAACGGUGUUGGCGACGACCUCUAUUCAUUUGGUUUCGACGGCGCGUACCUAUGGACCGGUGGUAGGAAGACUCAGGUCGUCCACGAAGCCACGGAACCGUACAUACGAAAGAGCGACGUGAUCGGAUGCGCACUGGAUCUCACCGUGCCCAUAAUCACGUUCACGUUCAACGGAGCGCCCAUCAUGGGAUCCUUCCGAAACUUCAACCUCGAUGGCAUGUUCUUCCCGGCGAUCAGCUGCUCGUCCAAGCUGUCCUGUCGAUUCCUAUUGGGCGGUGACCACGGCCGACUCAAGUUCCAACCGCCCGAAGAGUUCUCACCUCUGAUAGAAAGUUUGCUACCACAGCAGAUUCUGUCUCUGGAUCCGUGCUUCUACUUUGGGAACAUGAACAAAGUGGUGCUGGCUGGCCCGUGGUUGGUCGAGGACGACACGGCGUUCGUUCCAAGUCCAGUCGACACGUCCAUGAUCAAUUUACCGUCUUACGUCGAGCAGAUCAGAGAUAAAUUGGCCGAGAACAUCCACGAGAUGUGGGCGAUGAACAAGAUCGAGGCUGGUUGGAUAUACGGAGAGCACAGGGACGACAUGAGGAAGAUUCAUCCGUGUAUCGUUCAGUUCGAGCGAUUGCCAGCAGCGGAGAAGCGUUACGACACACAGCUAGCAGUGCAGACGCUGAAAACCAUCCUAGCCUUGGGCUAUUACAUCACGAUGGACAAACCACCCUCCAGAAUAAAAACUCUGAGGCUUCCGAACGAGCCGUUCUUGCAAAGUAGCGGGUACAAGCCAGCCCCUCUCGACCUCAGCGCCAUCACGCUCACUCCGAAGAUGGAAGAGCUGGUGGAUCAACUGGCAGAGAACACGCACAACCUCUGGGCGAAGGAACGAAUCAGUCAGGGUUGGACCUAUGGUCUGAACGAGGACUCCGAGAUGAGGAGAAGCCCCCAUUUGGUACCCUAUCCGAAAGUCGACGAAGCGAUCAAGAAGGCGAACCGCGACACCGCUAGCGAGACCGUGAGGACGCUUUUGGUUUAUGGAUACAUGCUGGAACCGCCCACCGGCGAACAGCACGAAGCGCUGCUGUUGGAAGCCAGCAGGCUGCGACAACUAUACUUCAGAACGUAUCGCGUGGAAAAACACUACGCGGUGAGCGGCGGGAAAUGGUACUUCGAGUUCGAGGUGCUGACAGCCGGUCCCAUGCGAGUCGGUUGGGCGAAAGCUGACUGCAGUCCUGGAAACAUGCUGGGAAGCGACGAGAACACUUGGGCUUUCGACGGCUACAACGUGACUAAAGUACACGCCGGUAUCCACGAGUCAUUUGGUCACAGAUACCAAGUGGGCGACGUAGUUGGAUGUUUCAUUGACGUCGCGGACCGAACGAUCAGCUUCUCUCUGAACGGUGAACUGCUGAUGGACGCGCUCGGUGGUGAAACGUCUUUCGCCGACGUGCAGGGCGACUGUUUCGUGCCAGCUUUCACGCUCGGCGUUGGGCAGAAAGCGAAAUUGACUUUCGGACAAGACGUGAACACCUUGAAAUUUUUCACGACGUGCGGUCUGCAAGAGGGAUACGAACCAUUCUGCGUAAAUAUGAAUCGUCCGGUUACAUACUGGUACACGAAGGAUCAACCGAUUUUCGAGAACACGGAUGACAUGGCCGACACGAGGAUCGACGUGGCCAGAAUCCCAGCGGGUUCUGACACUCCGCCGUGUUUGAAGAUCUCUCACAACAUGUUCGAGACGAUGGAGAAAGCGAACUGGGAGUUUCUUCGGCUGUCCUUGCCGGUUAUUUGUCAGUCGGCGUUCGUCUCCGAGAGCGAGAAGCUAAGAAGGUGGCAGGAGAUCAAAAUCCGACAGAACAAACUGCUGUCCGAGCAGGUGGAGCAAGCUCAACUAGCGGCGCCUUCCGCUCACAUGGAGCAGAUUAUGAAAUCUGGAUUCAGCAUGAGCGACAUCAAGGGUAAGAUCAAUGACCAAAACGGAUAUUGUACAGGUUUCCGGAAUCCUUUUUUCACAAAAAUCUUCCAUCUUUCUCUAAGAAGAUUACCCGAGGAAUUAUUCAAAGGCAGAGCGGUUAUUUCUAAAUUCUCUCUAACGGAAAUUCUGUUUGCCCCAGGACUGCAAAGGAAUUAUUCAGAGGACGCGGUGGAAGCCGACGAAAUGAUGAAAGAGUCGCCACUGCCGAUGCAGAGAAACAAACCAGCGAGGCCGCCAAGAAAGGGUUCUCUCUACGGAUCACGAGUGGGAAACAUGGACAACGCGAUCAGCGAGGCUGAUAUGAAUGGAUACGGCGAUAUGAACGGCGACAUCAAAGACGACAAGAAGAAACGCGGGCGUUCACCGUUCCGGUUCUUCUCGCGCAAAGCGAAGUCUCCGGACGCGAAAUCGAAAACGCCCGAACCACCGGUGCGUUCUGACGUCUCCGACAAGAGCACCAAGAGCACCAUGCCGAUGAACAAAGCAAGUAGCCGGCCUCCUCAAAUUCGCAUAUCAAACACGGACUUGAAGGUAGUGCCGCCACAGAUCCCGGAACGCAACGCGCCAAAGGCAAUGUCGGUUCUCAGCGGGAGCGGUGUCGAGUCGAUUGGAAACGAGAUAUUCGACGCGGAGUGCUUGAAACUGAUGAACGAGUACUUCUACGGAGUGAGGAUAUUUCCCGGGCAGGAUCCAACGCACGUCUACGUCGGCUGGGUCACUUCUCAGUAUCACUUGCACACCAAAGACUUCAAUCUGUCACGCGUGAGGAAGGGCUCCGUGGUUAUCACCGACGACUACGAUCGUCCCAUAGAACAAGUGGACAGACAGAGUUGCUACAUGGUAAGAGCGGACGAGCUGUACAACGAAGUAACGCAAGACGCGUCCGGCAAAGGAGCUUCCCAGGGGAUGUUUGUCGGAUGUUUCGUGGACACGGCGACUGGUUGGGUGUCCUUCACCUGCGAGGGAAAGGAAACUAGCCACAAGUUCAAGAUGGAACCCGACACGAAGCUGUUCCCCGCCAUCUUCGUGGAAGCUACCAGCAAGGAGAUCCUUCAGAUCGAACUUGGCAGAACGUCGACGACGCUACCGUUGUCCGCUGCUGUGCUGCAGAACUCGGAACGUCACGUGAUACCGCAGUUCCCGCCUAGAUUGAAGGUCCAAUGCCUGAAGCCUCACCAAUGGGCAAGAGUUCCAAAUCAAUCGCUUCAGGUUCACGCUCUGAAGCUGUCCGACAUCAGAGGUUGGUCCAUGCUGUGCGAGGACGCUAUAUCGAUGUUGGCAUUGCACAUCCCUGAGGAGGACAGGUGUAUCGAUAUAUUGGAGCUCAUCGAGAUGGACAAGUUGCUCAGUUUCCACGCGCAUACGCUGACGCUGUACGCAGCUCUGUGCUACCAGUCGAAUUACAGAGCAGCACACGCUCUCUGCCAGCACGUCGACCAGAAACAAUUACUAUACGCGAUUCGAGCGGAAUACAUGUCCGGGCCCCUACGACAAGGAUUCUACGACUUGCUGAUCGCGCUGCAUCUCGAGUCGCACGCUACUACGAUGGAAAUGUUUUUACUCGCAAGACGCACAAAGUAUUUCGCAAUGAAACUCUCUGUUUCUCUGUUUCGGUUCGUUCGUUUCACAGGCCAGGAACUGAAGGAGUUGUACGAGAGCGAAGAGAUGAAGCACAGCCUGAGGUAUCUGGAAACCGAGUCGGUUCGUCCUCAGAUGAAAAUGACAGACAUCAGCGACCAAACGAUCGAGAAUAUAAGGAGCCUCUACAGUCCGUACUUCCCUCUGGACGUGGUGCGAGACUACGUGAUGACGGCACUGAACGAGGCUGUCGAAGUGAAUCAAGUUCACAAUCGAGACCCUAUCGGCGGCAGCAAUGAGAAUCUUUUCCUGCCGCUUUUGAAGCUAGUUGAUAGAUUGCUCUUGGUCGGAAUGCUAAGGAACGAGGAUAUUAUGAAGCUCCUGAUCAUGAUUCACCCCGAGACUUGGGACCCGACGUUUGACAAAGAAGGGAAAGACGAGCACAAGAAAGGACUGCUACACAUGAAGAUGGCCGAGGGCGCGAAACUACAGAUGUGCUAUCUUCUUCACCACUUGAACGACAUCCAGCUUCGACAUCGGGUCGAGUCGAUCAUCGCUUUCAGCCACGACUUCGUCGGUGACCUUCAGUCCGAUCAGCUUCGGCGUUACAUCGAGAUCAAACAGUCCGACCUGCCGUCGGCGGUCGCGGCGAAGAAGACCAGAGAGUUUCGGUGUCCGCCCCGCGAACAGAUGAACGCGAUCCUGAGCUUCAAGAACAUGGACUUUGAGGAAGAUCCGGAGAACAUCCCCUGCGGGGAGGAUCUGAUCGGCAGGAUGAACGAGUUCCACAACAAUCUCAUGUCGUACGUGUCGUUGCACGCGCUGCAGGAAGCAGCGGACGCUGUGGAGGAGCUAACGGAAGAAAUUCAGAAACCCGGCGCCAUUAAGAGGCUGUUCAACUUCAUCAACGCGGUGAAAGAACUCGAGGAGGAACCUAAACCUGAGCCUGAACCCGAGAAGAAGACGCCGGAAGAGGUGUUUCGCAAAGUCCUGAUAAAAACCAUCGUCAGCUGGGCCGAGGAGUCGCAGAUAGAGACACCGAAGUUGGUUCGAGAGAUGUUCAGUUUACUGGUUCGCCAAUACGACACCGUGGGCGAGCUAAUUCGGGCUCUGGAGAAGACCUACGUGAUCAACAGCAAGACCAAGGACGACGUUGCUCUGAUGUGGGUCGGUCUGAGCCAGAUCCGUGCCUUGCUGCCCGUGCAAAUGUCCCAGGAGGAAGAGGAACUGGUUCGCGAACGGCUCUGGAAAUUGGUCAACAAUCACACCUUCUUCCAGCAUCCGGACUUGAUCAGAGUGCUGAGAAUUCACGAGAACGUGAUGGCGAUCAUGAUGAACACGCUGGGCAGGCGCGCGCAGGCACAGUCGGACGCUCAAACGCAGCCUCAAACAACCGAAGGGGAACCAGCUUCGAAAGAGAAGGACACCUCUCACGAGAUGGUGGUAGCAUGCUGCAGGUUCCUCUGCUAUUUCUGUCGGACCUCCAGGCAGAAUCAAAAGGCCAUGUUCGAUCACUUCGACUUCUUGUUAGAGAACAGUAAUAUCUUGUUGUCGAGGCCGUCUUUAAGAGGUUCGACACCGUUGGACGUGGCUUACUCCUCUCUCAUGGAAAACACCGAGCUCGCUCUAGCUCUAAGGGAGCAUUAUCUCGAGAAGAUCGCCAUCUAUUUGUCGCGUUGCGGCUUGCAAUCGAAUUCCGAACUGGUCGAGAAAGGUUAUCCUGAUCUGGGAUGGGAUCCAGUGGAGGGUGAACGAUACUUGGACUUCUUGAGGUUCUGCGUUUGGGUGAACGGUUAG